AUGGCAGAGCCCGGGGACACAGCCCUGUGGGUGCCGAGGGAAGCGCAGCAUCACCCCCUGCCACAGCCACCGCCCCGGCCCCACAGAGGGCCGCCCCGCCGCCCGCGCUGCCCUCACCUCUCCCGCGGCCGCGGUGCCGGGGCGAGCCGCCGGGCAGGACGGCGGCGCGGAGGCGACUCAGGACAACAGCGGGGUUGCCACGGCGCCGAGGACGGGCGUCGGCACGGGGUGAGGGGCGGCUCCCUGUCCCCGGGAGAGGUGGUCCUCUCGGUGUCGGUCCCGGGAGAGGCCCGCCCACCCACCGCCCCAGCACCGCCCACCUUCCCUGGCGCCAUUUCCAACGCACCGGAGGGUUCAAGGCCACGUCAACCAGGCGCACCCCAAAUGGGGGUCUGCACCCCUCAUCCCCUCCCGCCCCCGGGCAUCAGCCGCCGUCCUGCUCAGCUCCCGACAAACCCGGUAACUUCACAGCCAGACCUUUCACCGCUCUCAGAGCAGGCACCUUCCCAAGGCGUUUUACUAGCCCGGGACUAUUCAGUUUGGAGUUUCAACCCAACCCCUUUGUCAGGCGGGCGGGCGGACCCGACACCUUUCCAGAGGGGAGGGGACUUCCCCACUGAGGGAGCAAACCCGGCUCUUCCUCCGGCCCGUCUCACUUACGCCGGGCGGGCGGGUCAAUCCCCGGGAAAGGGGCGAGGCACGGCGCCGGCACAGCAACGAGCACGGCGCUCGGUCGCGGUGAGGCGCUGCCGCCCACCGCCUCAGGCGACGACGGGCGCGCGCGGCGGCCGUUGGGCGUUGAGCGCCUCGCGGCGGCCGUUGGGCGCGCGCGGCGGCCGUCGGGCGGGCCCCGCCAAGGCGGCGAAGAAGAGCAAGAAGGCGCGGGCGGAGGGCGGCCCGGCGGGGGAAGCGGCGGGGGCGGCGGCCCCGGCCGUGCGGCUCUUCUCCCGCGACGGGGAGGCGGUGGCCGAGGAGGUGCCCAACGCGGCGGCCUGGCAGGACGGCGCCGUGCUGCAGAUCGGCGAGGCGCAGUACCGCGUGGAGCGCAACCCGCCGGCCCUCACCGAGCUUCGGCUGCCGCGGUCGCUGCUGGCCGGCUUCCCCGUCUGCCCCAAGGUGAGCGCCGAGUUCGCCGCCCCGCAGCACUGCCUCUUCCGCUGGUACCGCGAGCAGCGGCCCGCCGCCGGCGGCGGGGAGGCGGCGGGCGGGGACGGCCCGACCUGGGUGGAGGCGGCGGGGGACGAGCGGGUCUUCACGCCCUCCAACGCGCUGGUGGGGCUGCGGCUGAAGCUGCAGUGCACGCCCGGGGACGGGGCGCAGCGCUACGGGCCGCCCCGGGAGGUGGAGAGCAGCGGCCCGGUGGAGGCCGGCCCCGGCGCCUGCACCUUCGACUCCCGGCACCUCUACACCAAGAAGGUCUGCGGGCCGGGCUCCAUCCGCGCCGUCUCCUACAACAUCCUGGCCGAUACCUACGCCCAGACGGAGUUCUCCCGCACCGUGCUCUAUCCCUACUGCGCCCCGUACGCUCUGGAGCUCGACUACCGGCAGAACCUGCUGAAGAAGGAGCUGGCAGGCUACAACGCCGACAUCAUCUGCCUGCAAGAAGUGGAUAAGUCCGUCUUCGUGGACAGUUUGGUUCCAGCCCUAGAUGCUUUUGGACUUGAAGGGCUCUUCAAGAUUAAGGAGAAGCAGCAUGAAGGCCUAGCCACCUUCUACCGCAGGGACAAGUUCAGCCUCCUUGGUCAGCAUGACAUAGCUUUCAGCGAAGCCCUGCUGUCUGACCCACUGCACAAGGAGUUGUGUGAUAAACUGGCCAAAUACCCCUUGGUGCAGGAGAAAGUGCUGCAGAGGUCAUCUGUGCUGCAGGUUUCAGUUCUUCAGUCUGCAACUGAUCCUUCCAGGAAGAUUUGUGUAGCAAAUACCCACCUAUACUGGCACCCAAAAGGUGGGAACAUCCGUCUCAUCCAAAUCGCUGUAGCCUUGUCUCACAUCAAGCACGUAGCAUGUGACUUGUAUCCCAGCAUACCAGUCAUAUUCUGUGGAGAUUUUAAUAGUACACCAUCAUCUGGAACUUACAGUUUUAUUAAGAGUGGUGUUAUUGCUGAAGAUCAUGAAGACUGGGUCUCAAACGGUGAAGAUGAAAGGUGCAAUAUGCCUCUAAGCCAUCCUUUCAAACUGCUCAGCGCUUGUGGAGAACCUGCUUAUACAAACUAUGUGGGUGGGUUUCACGGAUGUCUGGACUACAUUUUCAUUGACAAAAAUGCUCUAGAGGUUGAACAGGUCAUUCCGUUGCCAAGUCAUGAAGAAGUGACAACCCAUCAGGCCUUGCCAAGCGUUUCACAUCCUUCUGAUCAUAUAGCACUAAUAUGUGACUUGAAGUGGAAAUAGAUCACCUCUUGCAUGGUGCUUUUGGGGGUUUUCAAACAAGAAAUUUAGUUUACUGCUAGGGAACUGAGGUUACACCCUGGCUUGGAUGCUACUAAGAGGAAAGUCAGAACACUUACUGAAAAGUUGAUGUGUUUAAUGGUUCUACUAAAUAUUUUAACACUCUUCAGAAUAUUUGCAUGACAACUUCUCCUCCUGUUUUUCUAUCCUAAUAGGAAAAAUAUAUUUAAGACAACCCAAUUUUCAAAAUGCCCUAUCAUAUACCUUUUUAUUGGUGUUUUUAAAGGAUUAAGAAUUAUUUUGUUUAAAAAAAAGUAUGAAUGUAAUCUGAUUUAUAAGACAGCAUGCAAACUGAACCCUGCUUAAUUCAGAACCAAACACCGAACCUGAAAACAACUGGAUUUAGUUGAUUCAACUUCACUGUAAUUACUGCCAUAACAAGACAAUUUUUUAAAAAUAAGUUGGGAAAUUGUUCACUGCCCCAAUUUUUUAGCAAAUGGCCUGAACAACAUACCUUUACCUUCUACCUUCUGAAAAGAUGUCUUUAAUUAUCAGUGAAUAGACUAUCUGUCAACAAUCAGCCAUGUUAAAUUCAAGAUUAUAAUUGAUUUGGAAGCAUUUUGCUUGCCCAGUUAAUAUGGGUAAUGAGAGUAACUUUAGUAUCCGGGAAAAUCAGACUACUUAUUUAAGUAGCAUCUACUUUGAACAUCUGUUCCUUCAGCUGUUCGUAGGCAAUUAAAAAAAUACUGAGGUUUAGGACAGCCAACUCUGGAUGGGAGGGAGCUUUUUACAAUAUAAUCUGUUUUCAGGUAGAGGGAGAUACAGAAUAGUUAAUGUGGUGCAUUAGCUAUCUGUCCCUAAAUCUUUAAAAAGAAACACAAGUGACUUGCAAAUCUUUAUCACAAUUGUUCUGUUUUGUUCCUCUCUUGCUAAGAUGACCUGAAUUUUUAACAGGGUUUUUACUGGCAUUUAUUUUUCAUUGUAGAAAUAGUCUAACCUAUUUUGUAGGAGAUCAUUUGGAUGUGGGGAAACGUAUUUUAUUGGUACAUUCAUUGAAUGUGUUAGAGAGGUUUGAGUCAUUUAACAAGCUUCUUUCCCUGCAUCAUUAGUCCAUACGAAACAAACAGCAUUUGAAAACCAUUUCACUAGAUCUCCCUCUUUCACCGAAUAAAGCUCCCUUUUCAAUUAUCUGUCACUACUGCCAAUUGAUUUUUUUUUUUUUUCUAGUUACCGGUGUCUUUCAUGGCCAAACAGGUCAGCCCAGGUUGAUAAAAGCUGCGUAGCCUGUACUUGUACAGCUGUUCAGCUCCACUGCCUUCUGGUGGACUGUGGGUUAUGGUUGGGAUUCACAGAACUGUUUAUGUACCACCGAAAACAGGCAGUCACUUUCCAAUAGCAUAUUGCUGAGAGUUUCUGGUCCUGUACGCAGUGAAGGGUGGUGCUUUGCAGAAGCUUGUAAACAUCUGCUUUUUAUCCUUUUCUAUGUUCUCGUCAAUAAAAUUACUACUGGUUUUUGUUACUGUA